AUGCCUUUACACAAGUUGAGCAAUUCAGAUGUGUUGAAAUCUUCAGUACCAGGGUUCGUCAGACCAUCACAAGAUGCAAUAAGACGUGAAUAUCUUUCGGUCAAAAGAACUAAAGAAGGUUUUGAUCCUAAUGCUUAUAAGCUCAUGUCAAAGGCAGGUUAUGACUUCGGCUUAUCUUCUUCGUUGGGGGAACUUAAUCCAGAUGUUACAAGAGAAAUGACACAUGGCCUUAGCGAAACCCAAAAGAAGUGGAAGGAGCAGGGUUACACAAUUGACUCAACUAGAGCAGGCCUAGGUUUUACUCAUGUCGCACCUGUCAAGAUCUAUGCUAGAAGAAAAGAAAAUAAGGCAAAAGCUCAACACAUUAGUGUCGAAGCGGUUGAGGAGAAAGAAGAACCAAAGGCUAUUAAGAAAGCCUUAGUGUUCGACCGUUUAGCUAAGCCUACCCAGUAG